CCACCCCCUCCCGUCAACCCGGAUCGUAGAAACCCUAGCUGGACCUCCUAUCUGAACUGAAUUACCUACGAGAACGCCGCUCGUUGGUACUCAAAAUAAGAGAUAUGGAGAGAGGGGAGGCGGCGUCGCGGGGAUUGAAAUUCGAGGCGGAUUCUUCAGCUACAAGAUAUAUGCUGUUCGAAGAUGAUUCUUUAGCUACAGAAGAAGAUAUUCUGGUCGCGGGUGAUUCUUUAGCUACAGGAGAUAUGCCGCUCGAAGGUGAUGACGACGAUUCCUGGAUGAGGGGAUUGGAAGUUGAUGAGAUCUUCCCAGCCAACGAAGCGGAGGAGGAGAAGGACAACGAGUCCGCCUCCGACGAGAAGAAUUAUCUGCCUCCGUUGCUGGACGGGUAAACGCCCGGCCCACUACCAAGACACUACGGCAUUUAGUUCCAUGAUGUUCACAUACGCCACGCCGGGACGGCUCCCAAGAUUGGCUACCGUUGCCACCGCUUUGCAAGUCUACUCCUUACGGAUCGGACCAGCCGAUCGCGAUAUUUAUGGAAACCCGACGAUACAAGAGGAUUACUUGAAGUGGCCACUACAAGUGUAUGGUGUGGUUGCUGCCCGAGACUCUGUGGAUUACUGCCGCAACCUUCUUCUUGCGUGGAAGGAAUCAUUGUCAAAUCCUCGAUGAAUAUGAACCCUUUCUACAGCUGAUUGGCCCGUCUCGUGCCAUUGUGUUUGACAGCCCUGUCAUCUUUGAAAUCGAACUAAAACUCAAGGGCGCCACAAACUCGAAAGACAGACCAUUAUUCACCGACACCUUCCAAUACAAGGGUACUUACGGUGGCUUAUGUACUCCUCUAUCCAACGACCGUUGCACAGUGACAUUAAGCUUCGAGGAACUUUGUGAGACGGUUCAGGCUACUAUCUUGAGUGUCAGAGUUUCUCAAGGGCCAUGGCCUUUUGAAAAUGGAUGCCGAGUUGCUGCAUGCACGGAUUCUUCAAAUGCUAAGCUUGUGCUGCUCGAAUCUUUUGACCCCCUUGUUCCUGAUGGGGAUGGUAAUUACCUUGAUCUGCCCAGACGUGUGGUCUCUGUUGGGCUGAAAGGAUGGCUGCAUGUUUACGUGUGGGCAGACACAGAAACAGCGGCACCGCUUUACAGCUCUACAGACCGCAGAGGCGUGGUCUCCUUCGCGCCGAAACUAGGCGGCGUUAGCCAGGAUACAUGUGUUGUUGGGGACUCUACGGUUGAAGUCAUUGUUGCUUGGUCCCUCGUCCUGAGGACGGACACUAUCCUGGCGAAGGGACACUUGCGUGAUAAUGCCCGAGCUUGAACUGCUCAUGUGAGAUAAUGUCGAUAUCGAUAUUUAGUCUUGGUUUCCAGUGGGUUUGUUAAGAUGUCAUGCUAUGAAGAACUAUGUAUUCUGUACCUGUGGUAAUCGGUAUCAAUAUUUAGUCUUAGUUUCCAGUCGGUUUGUUAGGAUGCAUGUCAUGCUAUGAAGAACUAUAUAUUCUUGUAUCUUGUCAAGUCUGGCUAUGUAUGUUGAGUACUAAUUUCGGUAUCCUACCAAGGCUGGCACUGUUCGUGUAUCAUAUACAGGCUGGCUAUAUAUAUGUUCCGGAUUUAGACUA